AUGGAUGGCCUCAAGCGCUGCCAAGUGGCGCUGUGGUGCGGGGUCGUGCUGGAUUACACCUUCGACGAAGAAUUUCUGGUGCGCCCUCUCAAAGAUGGUCGAGUGUUGGUGCACUGGCAGUUCGUCACACGAUGGCACCCCGAAGCUGGCCAAAUCGCAGACCGAGCAAAGCAUUUCGGUCUGUUCCCCAAGACGCUCGGUCAGAUCGUCCAGAGGUUUUCUGUACAAAGCGGCGCUUCUUCAUCCAUGGCGACCAACAAGACCGACCUCCUGCUUGUGCUGUCCACUAGGGUCGCUGGGACUACGCCCAAUGGGGUCGGCCAUUGCUGCCCGCGCCAGUGGGCGCUGAGCUGUGGUCCUGGCUUCAGCCUUCUGCUGAACGAGAGUAUGUCCUCUCUUGUGUGGAAAGGCCUCACGCACGCCCUAUCGGGACUCAUGUGCGGUUCUCUCAACCUGAUCGACACCAAGAGCACUUGCCAGCCCAACGCCUUCUUCCGUCCCUCUUCUCCCGCCACCGCCGACCAAGGCACGUUCACCCCUCCCUCCUUCACCACAGCUGUAGUGACGUGCAUGUGCCUCAUCAUCGACCUGCACGACCAGCCUCUCUGCGAAAACCUCACGCCCUGGACGAAGCUACUGCCCUGCCGCCUGAAGGCCGGCCUUGGCUCGCUCAUCAAUCCCGUCCAGCUGGCCGACAGUCGCUUCCGUUCGCUGACACUUAACGUGCUGGUGCGUACCGAAGCCGCGAUGCCCGGACACACCGGGGUGAAAGUCAAUGGCACCGACAUGGAGCUUGUGCAAACGCUGAGCGUUGUGCUCGCCCCCAACUCACCAGGAUCUAGCGAUCAGCUCGACCUCCAAUCGGUGCUGGGCUCAACGCUGCAGUCAUCGUGCCCACUGGCCGGGAGCAGCGCUUUCUACGUCGACACCUCGCUGUUGCCGGCGUCGUCCGACGAGUCCGCACCCUCGCCAACGCGCGGCAGCGUGACACGCCACAACGCCAGCGUGCUGGCCGACACCUUCCACCUCCAGACCGGAGGGAGGAGCCUGCAGGAGGCGGGGAGCGAGCGUGCUUGGCCCGAGGACAAGCUGCACGUCCACAGAUAUACGACGGGCCACGGACAACAGGAAGGCGGCCUAAGCAUCGAGCUGCACAACGGCAACGACGUGCCGCUCACAGCCAACGUCCUGCAGGUGGUGCCGGCCUACGUCAGGCUCUACUUCCACACGCUGUCGAUUCUUCUCAACGACACCGAGCUGAACGCAGCCGAACGACCCAAAGUGCUCACGCAUCAGUGGGUGCGGCCGGCCGAGGACCGAGCAGAGCCGGCCCACAUGGAGCUCUCGCUCACCCUUCCGCCGCACUCCAAGAUCGGGAUAACGCUGCAGUUCGAGAAGGUGUUCCUCCACUUCGCCGAGUAUCCGCCCGAUCCCCACAGGGGCAUGCACAUCCCCGCCGCCCUCGUGGCCUACACCCUGGGCGACGCUGGCGAGGCCUGGCGCAAGGGCUGGCCCUUCACCAGCGCCUCGGUCGCCGACUGGCUCCAGCCUCGCAACUACGCGCACCGCUACAGCGAAGUCGUUGUCGUCAACUUGCCUACACCCGACUUCAGCAUGCCCUACAACGUGAUGACGCUCACGGGCGCGGUCAUGGCGCUCCUGUUCGCGUCCAUCUUCAAGCUCCUCACCGGCCCGCCCAAGUCCUCCAAACCGCCAGCCCCCUCCUGGUGGCAGUCCCUCCUCGCCAGGCUCCGGAAGACCAAGCAGGCCUAG